UUAUAUAUAUCGACAAUCACGAAAAAAAUAGUAAUACUUACGAAAUUCAUUGCUAAUCUAUCACUAGAUAGCUAAUAUAAUUUUUUUUUGAUAAUUCAUUGUUUUAAAUAUGAUUUAGCAAUAAUUUUUUGUUGUUUAGCGAUCAGAGUUGUCUGCCGCGGUUUGUUUUUUAGUGGGUAGUGAAAAGAUCUAGUUUAAUAGUAAGUUAAAUAUCAUUUUUGUAAUAUUUUUUUACACUCGACACAUUUUCAUCUUACACGAGAAUUGAUUCUAUAUACAAAGGUUUGGAGGUCGAGGAAAUAUUGGAUUAGGACAAAUAGGAAGUAGGUAGCCGUGGUGUUGGAGUACUUUUACGAGGAAGAGUCAGGGAGCUAGUCUCGUCUUUUUGAUGCAUAACUUAUUUGUGAAUGGAAGAUUUUGCAAAGACCCAAAGCUAGCAAAUGCAGAUGAUUUCUAUGCAUCAGGUUUCAAUGUAAGUGGAAUGCCAACACCAACAAAUCUUGGGUUUUCUGUGAAUGCAUUGAACGUAAAUCGAAUGCCAGGACUGAACACUCUAGGCAUUUCGAUGGCUCGUGCUGAUCUUGAACCCUUUGGAUUGAUCUCACCACACAUUCAUCCUCGAGCAACUGAGCUAAUACUCGUAUUGGAAGGUACUAUCUACGUUGGAUUUGUUGUUCCUGAUACACGAAAUCCUUUCAAAUCGAGGCUAUUCGAUAAGAUCUUACAUCCAGGGGAUGCUUUUGUGAUCCCACAAAGUAUGGUUCACAUUCAAUACAAUUUGGGAACCACAAAUGCAACACAUUUGAGUAGUUUCAAUAGCCAAAAUCCUGGAGUACACGUGAUCUCUUAUCAACUCUUUGGUUCAAAUCCACCAAUUCUUGAUGAUGUUCUUGUUAAAGGUUUUCAAUUGGAUAAGAAAGUGGUUGAUCAUCUUCGAGCUCAGUUUUCGAGCAAAUCGUGAACAUGUUUGUUAAAAAUUUAAUGAGACAAGUUCUUGUUUGAUCAUACUUCUUGUUAUUGCAAUUUUUUUUCAGUUACUUGGUGAUGUUCUUUUGAAA